GCUGAAACCCACAAGAAAAUAUAGUGGCUAGCAUUCUUCCUGGAAAGUUCGAGAGGGAGAGAGAGAGAGAGAGGCAAUUCUUGAAGGAAGAUGGGGAGCGGAGGAUCCUGAUACGGUUGGAUUGAGGUCAUGAUUAGGAUUUUCGUAUGCGAUAUCCGCUUGUUGAUUCGGCGUUGCUUCGAUCCAGGGGAAGAUCGUCAUGGCGAUUGGCAGGAGUUGAUUAUUGAUUGUUCGCUGUCAUGAGGUACUUUCUUCGGCAGCUGGUCGGAGGUAUGGAGGGGAGAUUCCUGCUUGUGGAGGAUUUGAAGGCGGAGUGAUUUGGUAUUACUAGCUAGGUAUUUCGUUGAUUUCAUCAGUGUUGGUGAUGGAGAUGAACUCGUUCGGAGAAGAUCUGGCCGUGAAGACGAGGAAGCCUUAUACGAUCACGAAGCAACGGGAGAAGUGGACCGAGGAAGAGCACAACCGGUUCCUGGAAGCUUUGAAGCUGUAUGGUCGGGCUUGGCAAAGCAUAGAAGAGCAUAUUGGUACUAAAACAGCUAUCCAAAUCAGAAGCCAUGCUCAAAAAUUCUUCACGAAGUUGGAGAAAGAAGCAGUUGCGACAGGUACUCCUUUGGGACAAGCUCGUGAUAUAGAUAUACCCCCGCCACGGCCUAAGAAAAAGCCAAACUAUCCAUACCCUCGAAAAACUGGUUCCUCUUCUAUCUCUGCUACCACUGAAGCAGCUAAUAAGAAAACCCUAAAAACUUCGAAUCCCCUGUCCCAGGAAAUAAAUAAACAAGAGGCAUCUCUUGCAGCUAAAUCAGUCCAAGAAACAGAAGAAUGUUCUGAUGAGACUCAUUGUUCAGUAGUUCUUAAUCUUUUCCAAGAUGCUCCAUCUGCUUCCAUCCCGUCUAGGGACAAGGGCUCCAAAAAGAAAUUCAGUUUCAGCCAGUAUGUUCCCAUGGCCACAGAACCAAAAGAGCCGCCUUCCUUGAAAGGAUCUUCAUUAACAAUUGAAGUAAAUCUGGAAUCAUCAUUGAACGAAGUGACUAAAUCCGAUAAGGCUCCAGGAAGGACAAGUGGAAUCAACAUAGAACUACAUGAAUUAUCGGCAGGUUCUGGUGCUCAUAAGCAGGCGGAGAAACAAUCAGAAAGUGACCAUAAGCAAGGCGUUCAGUACCAUGAAGGUCAAGAAGCUAAGGGGAUACAGACAACCUGUAUUGAGAAUGGAGGGUCCCCCUCUUGUGCAUUUAUGAACCACACAAUUCCAGCAGUUCCUGCCCCUGCAUUCGUCACCAGUUCUGCAAUGUCCUUCAUUUCUCAUCCUUUUCCGACCUUCCCACCAUUUGCUCAAGAUUUCUACAGAUCAUUCCUGGGUUUCUCAUCUGCUUUUUCUAGUCAAAUCAUUUCAACUUUGCAGCAAAAUCCAACAGUUCAUGCGGCGGCAUGUACAGCAGCAGCAUCACUCUGCCCAUCUGAAGAAGUGGAUUCUUCCAGUAUGGCAGCAAUUGCGGCUGCGACCGUUGCGGCCGCAUCAGCAUGGUGGACGACUAACGGACCCUUCCUAUUUUUUCCUCCCAUCCAUGCUUCAGGAUUUGCAUGUUCUCCACCAGCCAUUUCAUUUCCUGUGGUGAACACAGCCCAGGCUCCUCAAGAAAAAAUGAAGGAGAAGCAAGAAGAAUGUCAAAAUUCAGCUAGUGCUAAUCAACAAGCUGUUUUAUCAUCAUCUUCUUCAUCACAGUUGGAGGAGGGCGAACAAAAAUUCUCUAAUAAUUUCAAAGCAUCAUCUGAUGUUGAUGUUGCUUGUCGUAAUUUAGACAGGGCAAAGGUCAGCAAACCCGAACGUUCGUCUUGUGGCUCCAACACAACUUCAAGCAGCGAAAUUGAAACGGAUGCCGUCCUUAAGAAAAAUGGCGAAACUAAGGAUGAAGAAGGUAACCAAGCACAUUUCCAAAAUCUUGCAGCUGGAGAGGUCAACAAUCGCCGAGCUCGAAGUAGUUUGUGCUUUAAUGAAACCUGGAAAGAGGUUUCCCAAGAGGGUCGACUAGCUUUCGAAGCGCUCUUCACCAGAGAUAUCCUGCCGCAGUCUUUUGCAACUCAACUUCACAAAUCUGAAAUGGGAAUGCCUAAGGAGAACAUACCAAUUCGAAGGGAAGAAACCUGCAACCAAAACUGUUGCCUUCCGAAUGAAAUUAAACAAGGAAACCUUAAGGUUGGGAGAACUGGUUUUAAACCUUACAAAAGGUGCUCAGCAGAAGUUGAGGUUCAUAAGAGCUCAGCUAACGAUGAAACCAGCAACAAGAGAAUUCGUCUACAAGGAAAAGUUUCGUCCUGAAAAAUGGCUUAGUUGAACAUACUGGUUAAAAAUUUAAGCUAAACUGUCGCUUGCUUGCCGUGCAUCAGGAUUUUAUUAUUCGUCCUGCAUUAUUCUAUUAUUAUUGUAUUUGUGGUUAGCUCAGGUCAGUGAUGUAGAAGCUCUAAGCAGUGUAGUGUAUACUCCUUUCUAGAUGCCUUUAUAUCUACUCUUGUUUUAUCUUGGUUCCUGCUUUUGUUUUGGUUUGUAAAGAGCGAAAUUCUCUUCUCUAAUUAUAUGGAAUGGAAUUUGCAACCUUGUAAAGAAGAGUAAAAUCUUCAGCAAUGGGAGUCAAUAAGAUUAUCAUACUUUAUUUUGGUUA